AGUCCUUUAAAAGAGCAACCACUCCAACGGGAUAGAGUUUGAAUCCGCUACAUCCAGCCUCUACAAAUUCAACGGGACAAGAUACCUACCACCACUACACUUUUGUCAUGCACAGAAAAACUAGUGAAAGUGAAGAGAGUUGACCUAAGCCAAAUCUCAUCGAAUAAUUUCACCUUACCAAGAACCAACCCAGUUUAUUGUAACCAUACCUUACCUUGGUGUUUCUAGUCUUGUCAUCAAUUGUUCUUGAGAUCAUGGCAGCAGCAGUGGUAGGUGGUGCGUUCCUCUCUGCUUUCCUUGAUGUUGUUUUUGACAGGCUGGCUUCACCUGAAUUUGUCAACUUGAUCCAUGGAAAGAAGCUUAGCAAGAAGUUGCUUCAAAAGUUGGAGAGCAUUCUAAGAGUGGUUAGAGCUGUGCUUGAUGAUGCUGAGAAGAAACAGAUCAAAGACUCUAAUGUCAAACACUGGCUCAAUGAUCUCAAAGAUGCUGUUUAUCAGGCAGAUGACUUACUCGAUGAAGUUUCCACCAAAGCUGCUACUCAAAAGCAUGUAAGCAACUUGUUCUUUCGCUUUUCCAAUAGGAAGCUCGUUAGUAAGUUGGAAGACAUAGUUGAAAGACUAGAGUCUGUUUUAAGAUUCAAGGAGAGUCUUGAUUUGAAAGACAUUGCAGUGGAGAACGUGUCAUGGAAAGCUCCAUCGACAUCUCUGGAAGAUGGAUCUUAUAUAUAUGGCAGGGAUAAAGAUAAGGAGGCCAUAAUCAAGUUGUUGUUGGAGGAUAACAGUCAUGGUAAAGAAGUAUCUGUGAUCCCUAUUGUGGGCAUGGGCGGGAUUGGAAAAACUACUUUGGCACAGUUGGUGUAUAAUGACGAGAACUUGAAUCAGAUAUUUGAUUUUAAAGCAUGGGUAUGUGUUUCUGAAGAAUUUAAUAUUCUGAAGGUCACAAAAGCUAUAACAGAGGCGGUUACUCGAGAGCCUUGUAAAUUGAAUGAUAUGAAUUUACUUCAUCUUGAUCUGAUGGACAAACUGAAAGAUAAAAAAUUCUUAAUUGUUUUGGAUGAUGUUUGGACUGAAGAUUAUGUUAACUGGGGUCUUCUUAAAAAACCGUUUCAAUGUGGGAUCAGAGGAAGUAAAAUUCUUCUAACAACCCGCAACGAAAAUACAGCAUUUGUAGUCCAAACUGUUCAACCUUAUCAUCUAAAGCAAUUGUCAAAUGAAGAUUGUUGGUUAGUGUUUGCAAACCAUGCAUGUCUUUCCUCAGAAUUUAACAAGAACACAUCAGCACUAGAAAAAAUUGGAAGGGAGAUUGCUAAAAAGUGUAAUGGAUUGCCUUUAGCAGCACAGUCCCUAGGAGGUAUGUUGAGAAAAAGACACGAUAUUGGGUAUUGGGAUAAUAUAUUGAAUAGUGAGAUUUGGGAACUAUCUGAAAGUGAGUGUAAAAUUAUCCCGGCACUGAGAAUUAGUUAUCAUUAUCUCCCUCCACAUUUAAAACGGUGUUUUGUUUAUUGUUCAUUGUAUCCCCAAGACUACGAAUUUAACAAAGAUGAACUAAUCUUGUUGUGGAUGGCAGAAGAUCUUUUAGGGACACCAAGAAAAGGAAAGACUUUAGAAGAGGUUGGUCUUGAGUAUUUUGAUUAUUUGGUCUCGAGAUCAUUUUUCCAAUGCUCAGGUAGUUGGCCUCAGCACAAAUGCUUUGUUAUGCAUGACCUCAUACAUGAUCUAGCAACAUCCCUUGGUGGAGAAUUCUAUUUUAGAUCAGAAGAACUUGGGAAAGAAACUAAGAUUGAUAUCAAGACUCGUCAUUUGUCGUUUACCAAAUUUAGUGGUUCAGUCUUGGACAACUUUGAAGCUUUAGGGAGAGUAAAAUUUCUGAGAACUUUCUUGUCCAUUAUCAAUUUUAGAGCUUCUCCAUUCCAUAACGAGGAGGCACCAUGUAUCAUAAUGUCAAAGCUUAUGUACUUGAGAGUUUUAUCAUUUCAUGACUUCCAAAGUCUGGAUGCUUUGCCGGAUGCAAUAGGUGAAUUAAUCCAUUUGCGUUAUUUAGAUCUCUCUUGUUCAAGUAUAGAAUCACUGCCAGAGUCGUUAUGUAAUUUGUACCAUCUGCAAACUUUGAAGUUGUCUGAGUGCAAAAAGCUGACUAAGUUGCCUGGUGGCACACAAAAUCUUGUUAACCUGCGCCAUCUUGAUAUUUAUGAUACUCCCAUAAAAGAGAUGCCCAGAGGAAUGAGUAAAUUAAAUCAUUUACAGCAUUUGGGUUUCUUUAUUGUCGGUAAGCAUAAAGAGAAUGGAAUCAAAGAACUAGGAGCACUUUCAAAUCUUCAUGGUCAGCUUCGUAUAAGCAAUUUGGAGAACAUUUCCCAAAGCGAUGAAGCAUUGGAGGCAAGGAUAAUGGAUAAAAAGCACAUUAACAGUCUAUGGUUGGAAUGGUCUAGAUGUAACAACGAAAGCACCAACUUCCAAAUUGAAAUAGAUAUACUUUGCAGGUUACAACCUCACUAUAAUCUGGAAUUGUUGUCAAUUCGUGGUUAUAAAGGAACCAAAUUUCCAAAUUGGAUGGGAGAUUUUUCCUACUGCAAAAUGACACAUCUAACAUUGCGCGAUUGUCACAACUGUUGUAUGCUUCCUUCACUUGGGCAACUACCUUCUCUCAAGGUCCUUGAAAUUUCAAGAUUGAAUAGGCUGAAGACUAUUGAUGCAGGUUUCUACAAGAACAAAGAUUAUCCUUCUGUGACACCCUUUUCCUCCCUUGAAUCUCUAGCCAUUUAUUACAUGACUUGUUGGGAGGUGUGGAGUUCCUUCGAUUCAGAAGCUUUUCCUGUCCUUCAUAAUCUUAUUAUACAUAACUGCCCCAAACUUAAGGGAGAUUUGCCAAAUCACCUUCCUGCUCUGGAAACACUUCAGAUUAUAAAUUGUGAACUGCUUGUCUCUUCUCUCCCAAUGGCUCCCGCCAUUCGAACAUUGGAGAUACGUAAAAGCAAUAAAGUAGCACUGCAUGUGUUCCCUCUCUUGGUGGAAAAUAUAGUAGUGGAAGGAAGCUCAAUGGUGGAGUCCAUGAUCGAGGCCAUCACUAACAUCCAACCAACUUGUCUCCGGUCUUUGGCAUUAAACGAUUGUUCAUCAGCCAUAUCAUUUCCGGGUGGUCGUUUACCUGAAUCACUGAAGACUUUGUUUAUCAGGAAUCUUAAAAAAUUGGAAUUCCCGACACAACACAAACAUGAGUUGCUAGAAGUACUGUCAAUACUUUGGAGUUGUGAUUCGCUCACAUCUCUUCCAUCGGUUACCUUUCCAAAUCUCAAAAAUCUAGAACUCGAAAACUGCAAAAAUAUAGAAUCUCUUUUGGUUUCAAGGUCAGAGUCAUUUAAGAGUUUGAGUGCUUUUGGUAUUCGCAAAUGUCCCAACUUUGUAUCUUUCCCGAGAGAAGGAUUGCAUGCGCCAAACUUGAGUUCUUUCAUAGUUUUGGGCUGUGACAAGUUGAAGUCGUUGCCUGACAAAAUGAGUACUCUUCUCCCAAAGUUAGAACAUCUUCACAUAGAGAACUGCCCAGGAAUUCAGUCGUUUCCUGAAGGGGGUAUGCCACCUAACCUGAGAACAGUUUGGAUUGUCAAUUGUGAGAAACUACUAUGCGGCCUAGCAUGGCCGUCCAUGGACAUGCUUACCCAUCUCAUCCUCGCGGGUCCAUGUGAUAGCAUCAAGUCCUUCCCAAAGGAGGGUUUGCUGCCUCCAUCUCUUACAUUUCUGAAUCUAUGUAACUUUUCAAGUAUGGAGACAUUGGACAGCAAGGGGCUUCUCAAUCUUACAUCCCUGCAAGAAUUAAGAAUUGUUACAUGUCCAAAGUUGGAGAAUAUAGCUGGAGAAAAGCUGCCUGUCUCUCUAAUAAAAUUAGUCAUAGAGGAAUGUCCUUUUCUGCAAAAACAAUGUUGCACAAAGCACCAUCAAAUUUGGCCUAAAAUUUCUCACAUUUGUGGCAUUAAGGUUGAUGAUAGAUGGAUUUAGCGACCAAGUAUGAUCACCAGAUAUUCUCCUUCGGGUACAGUAUUGUUCGAGGUACAAGAAGGCACUAGGUGUGAACAUCUCUCCUGUCAAGGAGUCAGACCUUGUUUUGCCACGUUAGAGUCAGCAAAUUAAAUUAUCAAAGGCAACAUAUGCAAUCAUUUAAAUCAAAUUGACUGAAGAAUCUUGCUUAUGGUCCCCUAGCUUCAAAGAAGUAACAAUACAGAUAUGGUAGAUUGGUCUGGAGAAACUGUACCUAUACAUGGAUCUGAGUUUAAAUUUGAACAAGAGCUAAAUGUUUCAUGUAUAAUAGUCCUUAUAAGUUUGUACAACAUAGGGGAAGGGAAAGGGAUUCCUACACCAGAUGCCAAGUAUUCUUGCAACAAUAUUUGGAGGAGCUGCAGGAGCCGUGGCAUUGGUAGGAUUGCUGUAAUACUUGUAAUGUUUUGUUUGUCUCAUCAAAGGAGUAUUUCUAGGACUUCAGAGACAGGGUCCAAUGAUCCUUCCCAAGUGGGAAGGCAUGGUGCAAUCGAGUUCCCUAUUAUGAGAUACUAGGAGAUUUGAGAUGGAAGAACUAUCUUUGGCCACAAGAAAAUUUCAGUGACAAGAAUUUGAUUGGAGAAUGGGAAAUUUGGGGAGGUAUACUAGGGUUUACUUCAAGAUGGAAUGCUAGUAGCUAUCAAAAAACACCGAGGACUUGCUAUCAGGAAUUUGUUGAUGAGGUGCACUAUCUAUCAUCUAUUCGCCGUCGAAAUCUCGUCAGUCUUUUAGGCUACUGCCAGGAGAACAAUCUUCAGUUUCUUAUAUAUGAAUAUCCGAUGAAUUGAAGCGUCUUCUGUCACUUGUAUGGUGCUGGUUAACAACCGCGAGAGAAGCUAGAAUUCAAGCAUAGACUUUCAAUAGCUGAAGGUGCACCUAAAGGUGAUCCUUUGCAAAAUUAAUGAAGGAUAAACUUGGUACAUGUACGGAUGGAUGCUGAACAAUGGGAAAUGUUGUGCAAUUUCAAAUACUGAUCUUAUGACAACAUUUUCUGCAUUUUGUAUAGUAUCAGCUUAAGUAAGAUAUUUCUUAUGUUAUCAAAAUAGUUUAAUAUCUAUAACUCUAUUGAAAAUCCCAAUUUCUCCCCCGGCCCAUAAAAUUAAAAAAAAAAAAAAAAAAAAAGAUGUGAAUGAAUUUUCUGGUGGUUAUCAACUGCCAGUAAAUGCUAUAUUUAAAGAUUGAUUCAGAAUGUAUUUUGUGGAGAUUUUUAGUCGCCACUAAUAUUUUCUGGCGGAAACACCAACGUUUACAAAAUAAAAAUGCCACAAACUGUUACUGACUCAUGUGGUCCUGGAAGCUACUUGUAACCAUCAAAAUUCCCUUUAGUGAUGGUUUUUUGCUGCCACAAACUUAAAUUUUGACCUCGACAUCUAUUUCUUCUGAUUCAUAAAUCCUUCAUAUUUUUCAGGUUUUUAAGAUAUAAUUUUUUUUAUCGACAAAUGUUAAUUGUUAGUUUGUUAGUUUUUAUUAGCAGUGGGAAUCGAACCUGCGACAUUUUCCCUCUUUUCUUCUUUCUUAACCACUCAACCAACCUUAUAUCUCCUUUUAAGAUAUAAUCCUCAAGGAGUUAUGUUCUUAUUAUUCUUUUCCCAGGUAAUGAAUACCACAUUUGUUUCAUCUGCAUAAUUUUAGGGUUGAAGUGGAUUAUGCAGUGUUUAUGUGUUAGUUACUGCUGAUAAUGUUUUGUAGCAAAGUUGGAGUUGUGACAGGUGGGUAUGCUUGGUGUUGAGAAUCACGUGGAUUAAUUGGCUGAGAUGGUCAUAAUUGUAAUCUAUGAAGCAUCGACACCGACAUGGACAUCGGACACGACACGGACACGGACACGUGGACACCUAUAAUGUUUAAAAUAUAGAACAUAGUACGGGUGUCGUGUCGGUGUCGAACACUGACACGGACACGUGUUGGACACCGAACACGGCAAGGGACUGGAGUGUCCGUGUUUCAUAGAUUGUAAUAUGUUGCUUCUAUAUUCUGGUAGUGCUUUCUAUAGGUGCAUCAAAAUCUUGGCUUUGGAAGUCUAUUUGUAAUUACCUAUUGGUUUAGUUCGGGCAUUGUGCUUUGGACUGCACUUAAAUAUUAUUAGUGUUUUCGCCUUUUAAAAAAGUCACACCCAAAGGCAGAGCAUUUUCAUAUAUGCGCUGCAAUCUGUUAUGCAGAAAAGUUUGAUUCUU